CCCGGAAGUACUUGUUGCCUGAGCAGCGUGCUGCUUAGGAAGAGAAGGUCAGAGGUCGCGGGGGCAAAGGCGUUCCAGCCGCCGGCCCAGUCACUAUGUAGUGGAGGGGCAGACACCCUCCCACAAAUUCUGGAAGGUUCUUAGUCUCGACUAGGGCAGUAGCCCCAGGACUCCUAGUCGCCGGCUUCAGGUCACUGCCGGCUGAACGGAGCUGCCGUCGCCAUGUUUGGCUGCUUGGUGGCGGGGAGGCUGGUGCAAACAGCUGCACAGCAAGUGGCAGAGGAUAAAUUUGUUUUUGACUUACCUGAUUAUGAAAGUAUCAACCAUGUUGUGGUUUUUAUGCUGGGAACAAUCCCAUUUCCUGAGGGAAUGGGAGGAUCUGUCUACUUUUCUUAUCCUGAUUCCAAUGGAAUGCCAGUAUGGCAACUCCUAGGAUUUGUCACGAAUGGGAAGCCAAGUGCCAUCUUCAAAAUUUCAGGUCUUAAAUCUGGAGAAGGAAGCCAACAUCCUUUUGGAGCCAUGAAUAUUGUCCGAACUCCAUCUGUUGCUCAGAUUGGAAUAUCAGUGGAAUUAUUGGACAGUAUGGCUCAGCAGACUCCCGUAGGUAAUGCUGCUGUAUCCUCAGUUGACUCAUUCACUCAGUUCACACAAAAGAUGUUGGACAAUUUCUACAAUUUUGCUUCAUCAUUUGCUGUCUCUCAGGCCCAGAUGACACCAAGCCCAUCUGAAAUGUUCAUUCCAGCAAAUGUGGUUCUGAAAUGGUAUGAAAACUUUCAAAGACGACUAGCACAGAACCCUCUCUUUUGGAAAACAUAAUUUGAAUAAAAUAAUUUUUAAUGGAUUCUGAAAUUUGUCAUGUUUUGAAGAUAACUGACUCUAUCUGAAAGUAUGAAGUCAAAGGAUCAUGAAACCUAAGUGUAAAAACUGCUUAGUGACUGAAGCUUAAUUAAAAACCUUUAUUAAAAAUUAAAAACAUUGAAAAAUGAAAAUAUGUUCAUCAUUAAAGACUUUUUUCCCCUUAAGCUUAAAAUACUAUUCAGGGGCAAAACAUUUUGUUUUGGCUAUGAUUCAUUUUUUUACUUAAAAAUAAAGCCUAUAUCCAACAGUA